AUGUACAGCGGUAUAUGCAUCUGUGUGUUCCUUGCUGUGCUCUCAGCGAGCUCUUUCGGACAGCAAACUGUGGGCUCGCACAAUGGGAAACCACUGGCUGCUGAGCUCGAGCAGAGCUUGACAGAACAUCAGCGGCACAUCCGCGCCCCUUCGUCUGCUGGCCCGCUGAAACCUGUGCCGCGGCUGGAUGGAAGCAUCGACCAGAGAGCUAACAUCGGCGCUUUGUUGGCAAAGUAUCUCCAGCAAGCCAGAAAAGGUCCCACUGGAAGGCUCUCAGUUAUGGGAAACAGGGUACAGAGCAUUGAUCCUACGCACAGGAUAAAUGACAGAGACUACAUGGGCUGGAUGGAUUUUGGACGCCGCAGUGCUGAAGAAUAUGAAUACUCCUCCUAA